GGCUGGAAGCAGCACUGACCUCAAGCAAGGCAUUUCCAGCAUCCCUCCAGACAGACACACAGGCCUGUUCUUCUCCCACUUGCUGUUGCUGGGAGGACUCAUGCCAGUUUUUGACCUUCACAGGAUUACAAAAUAACCCAGCAAUGGCAGCCCUCAAUUCCAGCCAGUUCAGGCACCACCUUUUCCGGGACAUCUCCUUGCAGGUGCAGCAGGUGUACCCCUUCCAUGAUGGAUGGAACACGGCUUGCUUUGUUAUCCUGCUCCUCUUCAUCCUCACUGUGGUCUCACUGGCAGUACUGGCCUUCCUCUACGAGCUGCUGGACUGUGGCUGCUGUGCAAAGGACAAAACUGCCAAGGACCUGCGUGAACAGCCGGGUCCCCUGCGUUCCAUGAUGGACAGUGUCAGGAAACGUAGGGUGGAGGUGGUGUAGCCCUAAACCCACAACCUCUCUGCCACUAAUCACUUCUAACUUUGUAUGUACUUGUAAAAUAAGGGCAAAGCAACAGUGGGGAAAAGAGCUUAAACCUGGCUAGGCAAUUCUACUACAAGACCAUCCCGGCCCACACAAAAACAAUCAUCACUGCAAGAAGUAAAUACAGUUGCCUGCAUUAAAAUUACCAUUGUAGUUUGUGUCUGAGAGUGAAAUACUACAUUUACUAACUACCUACCACCCCAUGUUUAAUUCAGAGUUAUGGUCCCUCUUCCAAAUUGUGUACAAUCUGCUUGGUAACACCUUUCGCCACAUUUGGCCAUGCAAAACUUGUUUUUGCCAUUAAAUUAUGCAUUUUAUAACAA